GAGGUUUAGCUACCUUCAAACAUAUUAUAUAUAAACUUACUUCAGUUAGAGAGUAUCAAACAAAAGAUUUUAAACAUGAAGUUCACAUCCUUCACUUCUAGAGUGGUGUUCAUAUGGGCUACCCUUUUGACUGCAUGUUUUCUUGUAGCAUCUGAAUUAUCAUCAAUACAAUUAGAAAAGGAAGCUCUACUUAACACCAGUUGGUGGAGUUGGCAGAUGAAUUCUUCAGAUCAUUGUCAGUGGUAUGGUAUCACUUGCGAUUCAACAAGACACAUCAUAGAGAUACUUUAUAGCCCUCAAGGAGAGCUUAGCCAAUUUAACUUUUCUUGCUUUCCAAACUUAAAGAGUCUCGAUUUUUCAUCAGUUUAUCUCACCGGAAGCAUUCCAUCACAAAUUGGUGUACUUUCAAAGCUCAAAUUCCUCAAGCUGUCAUAUAGUCAAGUUACAGGUGUUAUCCCUUUAGAAAUUGGAAGCUUGAGCAGUCUCAUGGAACUGGAUUUUUCAUCAAACAAACUCAAUGGAUCAAUCCCUUCAUCGGUUGGUCGUUUGACCAAAUUGACCACAUUGUCUCUAUCUGGUAACAAUUUUAUUGGAGCAAUCCCUUCAUCUAUUGGUGAUUUGAUCAAAUUAAUCACUUUAGAUCUGUCUGGUAACGCUUUUACUGGAGCAAUCCCUUCAUCUAUUGGUAAUUUGACCAAAUUGACCACUUUAUAUCUGUCUAGUAACACUUUUACUGGAGCAAUCCCUUCAUCUAUUGGUAAUUUGACCAAAUUGACCACUUUAGAUCUGUCUAGUAACACUUUGACUGGAGCAAUCCCUUCAUCUAUUGGUAAUUUGACCAAAUUGACCAUUUUAAAUCUGUCUAGUAACACUUUGACUGGUCAAAUCCCUUCAACCAUUGCUAAUUUAACCAAUUUAGAAUAUUUAUUCCUUGAUUCCAACCAACUCAGUGGUCCCCUACCUCGAGAAAUUGGGAAUUUAAAGAACCUUAUGGAAUUACUUUUGAGGGGGAAUAACUUGAUUGGACCUAUUCCCUUAACAUUUGGUUAUUUAGCAGAUUUGACCCAUCUUGCCCUUAGUUCUAACAAACUCAACGACUCAAUUCCUGAUGAGCUCACCCAAUUAACCCAACUUCAAUUUGUAGACCUCUCUCAUAACAAACUUAAUGGUCACAUUCCAAUUGGCAUAAAUAGUUGCGUGGGGUUGUCAAGCUUAAAUUUGAGCUAUAAUCAUUUGAGUGGAAGAAUUCCACUAAAGAUUGGAGGAUACCUUUUAGCUCAAUUAGAUCUUUCCAAUAAUAACCUUUCUGGCACAAUCCCUGAUUUUCCCAUUCCAUGGAUGUACUUGGACUUAUCAUACAACAAUUUGGAAGGUCCAAUCCCACUUGAACUUUUGAACCCGAAACUUAUAGGCAACAAAGGUUUAUGUGGUGCAGCUUACGGUUUUACUCCUUGCGAAAAGAAGCCUAAUUUGAUAAUAGUUAUUCUGCCUAUCACCACUAUUCUUACCAUCCAGAUUUUUAGAUUUUUUUCCCUCAAAAGAAAGGAUAAAAAAGCUCUAUUGUCCACAUCCACAAGAGCAUCCAAAAUCAGAGAUGUAUUCUCCAUAUGGAACUUUGAUGGUAGAAUUGCAUUUGAAGACUUAAUUGAAGCGACAGAGGGUUUUGAUAUCAAAUAUUGCAUCGGAACUGGAGGUUAUGGUAGUGUUUACAAAGCGCAACUACCCCAAGGUAAAGUAGUUGCUUUGAAGAAGCUUCAUAGUUUAGAAAUUGAGGAGUCAGCUUCCCUAAACAGCUUCCAAAACGAGGUUCGUGUACUGUCCGAAUUACGACAUCGAAACAUUAUCAAGCUUUAUGGAUAUUGUUUGCACAAAAAAUGCAUGUUUUUGAUUUAUGAGUAUAUGGAGAGGGGAAGCUUGUUUUGUGUUCUACGGAAUGAUGAUGAAGCUCUUGAGUUGGAUUGGACUAAGAGAGUAAACAUUGUAAAAGCUGUGGCACAUGCUUUGUCUUACUUGCAUCAUGAUUGCACAUCAUCAAUUGUUCAUCGUGACAUAUCAAGCAACAACAUUCUACUAAACUCAGAAUUGCAAGCGUUUGUUGGUGACUUUGGCGUGGCUAGAAUUCUUCAUCUUGACUCAUCAAAUAGAACCAUGUUAGCUGGCACUUAUGGAUAUAUAGCUCCAGAGUUAGCUUAUACUAUGGUUGUGACGGAGAAAUGCGACGUUUAUAGUUUUGGAGUAGUGGCACUUGAAGUAUUAAUGGGAAGGCAUCCAGAAGAAAUUCUCUCUUUAUCAUCAUCAUCAUCAUCUACCCAAAAUGUAAUGCUAAUUGAUGUAUUAGAUUCACGCCUCUCACCUCCAGUUAAUCGAAUAGUUAAGCAGGAAAUUAUGCUUGUUUCAACCAUAGCAUUCGCCUGCUUGCGUUCCAAGCCGAAGUCUCGACCUACAAUGAAGCGUGUAUCUCAGGAAUUUCUUAAGCAGAAAACAUCAUUCGCAAAAUCUUUUGGAGAAAUUUCCAUCUCAGAAUUAAGAAACCAGGAAAUGUAUUUGUUUGAUGAACAUGAUACUUAAGCAUGGAUGUAGUUCAUUGGUAUUUCUGUGUUCUGCAACAUUUUUCUGAUAUUUAGCCUACAUUUCCUCAUUUCUUUUGUUUUGUAU